AUGCAUCUCACCAACAUCCUCCAGUCCAUCCCUCUCUUCUUCCUCAUCGGUUCUGCCACCGCACUCCCUACAGAUAUGAGCUCUACUACGCAGUCCGCCUCCAUCGCCAACAACCGCCUCGCGCUUGAGGCGCGCGAUGGCGCCUGCAGCCCCAAGUGCAAGCGGGAGUUCGAUAGUUUGCAGUCGUGUCGCUGGAUCUCGUAUUGCAUGUUGAGCAAUCAGUAUAACAUCAAGGUCCGGCUCUAUGACAAUUGCUGCAAGCUUGUGCAUCCGCCCAACGCGGUUGACGAGAAGACGCGUGAGAUUCUGGAGAAGUCGAAGGCUCAGGCUGGGUUUAAGCCGAAGACUAAGACUGGUGGGGAGUAUGGGACUGCGCAGUACACCAUGCUCUAG